AUGUCACUUCAGCACCACCAACACCACCACCCUAUCGAAAGUGAGCGGAGUAGAAAAGACGAUGACAAGCUGGAACAUCUUGGUUAUCAUGCUGAACUCAAACGAACUUUCACCUCAUGGGAGACAUUUGGUGUAGCUUUUUCUAUCAUGGGUGUCGUCCCAUCUAUAGCCAGUACCAUAUUCUACAACCUUCCUUACGGUGGACCAGUAGGAAUGAUCUGGGGCUGGCUGAUCAGUGCUAUCUUGAUUCUGUUCGUCGGUUUAUCCAUGGGAGAGCUCGCAAGCUCAAUGCCUACUUCAGGUGGACUGUACUUCUGGACACAUAGACUUAGCCCUCCACGAUACCGAAACUUCCUCGCCUGGAUGGUAGGAUACAACUCGUUCCUUGGCAACGUCGCAGCCGUCUCUUCACUCGGAUGGGCAUGUUCCGGCAUCGUUUUCGCCGCAGCGUCAAUCAACAACGAAAACUUCAUCUCCACAGCUGGCCAACAAUUUGGAUUGUACAUCGGUAUUCUCAUAGUCUGCGGACUGAUCUGUGCAUACGGCACAAAUAUAUUUGCUCGUCUCCAAACUCCAAGUGUAAUCCUCAACGUCCUCCUUUCCCUCGUCACCAUCAUCGGUUUACCAAUCGCUCGUCGACAUGAACUCAACACCGCUGCGUUCACAUUCGGCGGAUUCGUCAAUUUGACUAGCUGGCCGAACGGGUUCGCGUUCCUUCUUUCGUUCUUGGCUCCUGUGUGGACCAUUUGUAGUUUCGAUUGUGCGGUGUCAAUCAGUGAAGAAGCUACCAACGCUUCAGUAGCGGUACCGCAAGCUAUCGUCGGCGCAAUCGGUAGUGCUGGUGUCUUGGGAACUGUAAUCUUGAUCAUUCUUGCUCUAACAAUGGGUCUCGACGUAGCAGCGGUCAACGAUGAUGCUCUUGGACAGCCACUUGCUUAUAUCUAUUUGCAGGCAUUUGGACAGAAAGGAUCUUUGGCCGUAUGGUCUUUCAUGUGUAUUGCUCAGUUAUCCAUGACGGCCUCGCUCAUCCUGCCUUCCUCGCGACAAGCAUUCGCCUUUGCCAGAGACGGAGCACUACCCUUCUCCCGAUACUUCCACCACGUUGAUACUUUCAGUGGAACGCCUGUGAGAGCUGUCUGGCUGGUCGUAGGGUGCGCAAUACCUCUGGGCGCUUUAUGUUUCGCGGACCCCGUCAAUUAUUCUGCUAUCAACGCCAUAUUCUCCUUGGCAAUCAUGGGACCUUACGUCGCUUAUGGUAUCCCAAUCGGGGCUAAGCUUUUAUGGGGCCAGGGUAACUUUGUGCCCGGUCCUUGGCAUCUUGGUCGUUGGAGCAGAAUGUGCGGUAUCAUUGCCGUCACAUGGAUGACAUUCGCAAUCGUUCUUUUCAGCUUCCCCGCCGAUACCGAUCCCGAUGCAAGUACCUUCAAUUAUGCUUGUUUAGUGGCUGGAGCAGUAUGGAUUUUUGCGACUGUGUACUGGUUCUUGCCUAGGAUCGGUGGGAAGACAUUUUUCCAAGGUCCACAAACGACCGAAGGUGGUAUGAGCAUCGAACAGGAUACUUUGUCCCCUCCUGAAAUCGAAGACCCCUCGAGUAAAAAGAAUGGCGGUGCGCCUGAAUUCCACGGUGGAUCCCACAUAUCUCCUGUCCCUUCUAACCAACUGUAG